GAGAUGGCUGCACCCAUUCAGCACUGCUACCCAGAGAACUGCUGGUGAGGACUGCAGUUCUGAGGACCCUCCGGAUGAGCUUGGGCCUUCUCUUGCUGAACGAGCCUUAAGGUUAAAAGCUGUUAAACUGGAGAAGGAAGUCCAAGAUUUAACACUAAGAUACCAGAGAGCUGUAGCUGAUUGUGAAAACAUCAGGAGACGGACCCAGAGAUGUGUGGAAGAUGCCAAGAUAUUUGGAAUCCAAAGUUUUUGUAAGGACUUGGUGGAGGUGGCAGACAUUUUGGAGAAGACCACUGAGUGCAUUUCUGAAGAAACAGAGGCUGGGGACCAGAAGCUCACUCUGGAGAAAGUCUUCCGAGGGUUGUCGCUUUUAGAAGCAAAGCUGAAAAGCGUAUUUGCCAAGCAUGGUCUGGAGAAGAUGGCACCCAUUGGUGACAAAUACGAUCCUCAUGAGCAUGAACUCAUCUGCCACGUGCCAGCUGAUAUUGGGGUACAGCCUGGCACCGUGGCUUUAGUCAGGCAAGACGGCUACAAACUUCAUGGCCGCACCAUUAGACUUGCCCAAGUGGAAGUGGCAGUGGAGUCUCAGAAAAGACUAUGAGCAGGCCCUCAGGAACAGAAUGUUCUCCGAGAGUGCCGUCACCUGUGUUUCCUUUAUUUAUUAAUCUAGGUUUGUAUUGUACAUGAGGUACUUCAUGUGAUCUGUUUUGGAUAUAGUCAUAUUGGCUUUAUUUCUAAGAUACUCUGUUGAUUUUAUGUGACCCAUUUGAUCUCAUGGGAGGUCUUACCAUCAGGCAUCUGAACAAUGUGACAAAUGUUCCUAUGGCCUUUAUCAAACUAUGUUUACAAAAAUUAUUUUUAAAUUGGUACUCUGAUUGACUUUGAAUCCAAAAUUCUCUAAACUAUAUAUCUUCAACUAAUUGUUGAAAUUAGUACAAUCUCUUGUAUUUUUUGAAAAAAACAAAAAAAAAACAAAAAAACAGUAGAGAUUGAUUUAACAUGUGGGUACUUAGCUUUACACUUACAUAAAAAUUUAGAUCACUUGGGUUGAUUUUUAUAUGCAUGGAUGCCCAGGCCUUCCCUUCUUAUUUUAUUACUUUUCAAGUAAUCAUCCUUUGUGGUCCCUACUAGACUUUGUACUUGGAUCCUUGUUCCACAUCCACCCCUUUCCAACUCCAAUUGGAAGAGCUAACAGGUCAGGCUAGACUUGGGAACAGAGAGCAUCAAGCAGUUCAAGAUACCUCCCUUUCAAAUAGAGAAUUAUUUUCGGCCUCCCUAAAUAUAUCAUAAUUUCAGGCAAACUGAGGCAGCACCAACAGCUAAUGACCCAAAUGGGUCUGUAUUGAUAAUUACCUAUAACUGCCCAUUCCACCAGCCCCAAUUCUGCAUUUUUGUCAAAUUUGCCAUGGAAUACAUAUUGGAUUAUGAAGGGAAGGUGAUCUGGACAAAAUCCUUAGGUUCCCUCAAUUUCUCAUUUCUGAUUGUUUGGUUUUGUUUAAUUGGUACUCACAAAUCACUACCUCUCUUGCACUGACAAACUUUAUUAUUUUGUUUUUGUGGUGCUUGGAAUCAAACCCAGGGUCUUCUACGUGCUGUGCUCCUGACUUACUUCUCUAGCCCUGACAGCUUUAUUUCCUAGGUUCUGUAUCCAUUUUAUGUUGCAUUUGUGUAAACGUCUAGUUCCCUUUUUAGGGAUUAACCUCUGGAAGAUAAUGGACCUAUGUAUCUUUUUCAGUCUUACUUUAUAGCUGGUGUUGUGUAAAAGCUAUGUCCAAGAAAUGACUAAGUGGAUGAAUAACCAGUCAGAUGUUAGAAAGGAAUCUUUGAGGUAUUUUAAUUUUAGAAGAGGCCUUAGUCUAAUUUUAUCCUUCCUGCUUCUGAGGUAUGAGUUUCAGUCUUUUUUAGGGCUGGAUCUAAAGGGAAAAAUGUCAAUAAUAACUUGAAUAGCGAACAAAUAGAUAUUCAGUCAUUUAAGAUUAAUAUACAUGCAAAUAUGUCUCCAGCAGCAAUUAGUUGUUGGAUAUAUAGAUUGUAUAAGUUUAAGUUUGUUACCCAUAAAGUUCCCUUCCCCUGGAACUCCAAAACCCUAUAGGGAAGCAAACUGGCUUUCCAAGUUUCCUUAAAUAGGCUCUGAAUUACACCAACAUAAAAUGGGGACAAACAUAGUUCAUUAUUACAUAGGUAUGCGUAUGAGUCCCACAAAAUAAGACUCAAAGGAGGGCCAGAUAAUUGAAGCAUAUAUGGCAUCCUGAACUAUAGAACUAGUCUCCUACAGUCAUAUUUUGGGGUUGUUAGUUAUCCUCUUAGACAAGUAUAUAUAAAUAUAAGAUACUACACAGACAUGUCAAUAAAGACAUCCUCUGUAAAUAUUGCCAUCUCCCAUCAGGUUUUCAAAAAAGCAAAUGGAGAUGGGGGUAUAACUCGGUAUAGAGUGCAAGGGCUGGAGGACAUGGAUAAGGAAACGUGCACUUUUAAAAUAUAACCAAAAGAUUCUUUUGGACUUCCUACUAAGUGCAUACUGUAAAUUUAAUGAGCGGUCAAAUUUACAAUACAAAUUCAUCCUUUUUUGCCUUAAUUUUUAUCAGAUGGCCAGAUGAUGACAACAAGAAAAUGACCCAGUUAGCCAUGUGGGCUUUGGGAUUACUAGUUAUCAUUAUCGAAGAACUGGAAUUAACCAUAAUUUUAUGUGUGAAAUGUUCUGAUUACCUGAAGAGUUUUCUAAGAUUUUUCACCUCCUGUUUUUGGAAGUAGACUGAGAAUAAUUUUAGGUUCUUCUAUUGUUCAGUAGUUUUGAGAACUUAAUGUGCAUGUUUAGAACUAGAAGAUAAAGGUAUAAUAGUAAAAAUGUCAAAUUGAAGGGCUUUGAGGAGCCAGAGCAUCAUGAGGCUUGUUAGGCAUAGAUUUGAACAUAAAUUCCAGCUUGGUCACCCGUGUAACUUUGGGUGCCAGUCAUUUCACUCUUCUAAGCUUGUUCAUAAAAUGAUUACAAUAAUUCUUUCAUGAUACUGUGAGGAUUAAACAAAAUGUUUAAGUUGCCUAUUACAGUAGGCCUUCAUAUUUAUUUUUAUUGUUUUUUUAUGCACAUUUGUUCGGCAUUUUUAUAGCUGCCUAAAGUCUAGGGAAAGGGGAAGACUCCGUAAAAGCAGAUUCUUUUUUAAUAAUUGUAGGCUAAUCAUUCACAGUGACUUAUUUUCCUUCCAGUUCUUGUUUUUUGUUUUUUUAUCAUACCUCCCAAAAUUUUUUUAGACUGAAGAAGCAAGAAAAUUGUGCUCAUGCUUUUAAUUAUUUUCAUCUUUAUACAUAUGAAGUGAAAGGACAUUGGCUUGUAGGUGCCAUGUAAGAAAGCUUUGCCUCACUUGAAGAGGGGAUUUUGGAGUAUUAUUAGUACUUAUAUCCUACAAAUCUUUUGCUGACUUUGCUUACGUCAUAAAGGAAUCACUUUGGCACUGAUGUUAAGGUUUUAUAUUUGGUGCUCUUAAUUCAUGACAAAGGAUUUGAAAACAAAGGUUCUUAAAACACUACAGCAAAGAUAAACAGGGAAAACUAAGGCUAAAAUAUAAUAUUCAGAAACAACUAAUAAAACCCAAAUUGAAAUAACUGCA